CUGAAAUGCCGUACCAAACGGAUCGCUUAACUUGAUUAGUGUUAAAUUAGUUAAAAAUGGGCGAUCAGCGCGUACACAAACCGCGGACAGCGAAGACAAGAACCCUUCGCGUCAAUAGGAUAUUAUUACCGAUGUUGCUUCUGUUUUCAGGAGAAACUACAUCAGUUGUGACCCAAUUGUUUUCGGUGGAUAGCAGUGGCCUCGGCAUUUCGCUGAUGCAAUCGGUGGCCAUAGCUCUGAAUGCAUCCAGCCUCGCCCUGGCCAACAACACCGCCUGGCCGCUGCAACACGAACCGCCAGAGGAUCGGUUGGAGAUCGAGAGCUAUGACUAUAUAGUGGUGGGUGCAGGUAGUGCCGGAUCCAUUGUGGCCAGUCGAUUGAGUGAGCUGUGCCAGGUGAAGGUCCUGCUGCUGGAGGAGGGACAAUUACCACCGCUGGAAUCGGAAAUCUUUGGUCUGACCGGUGCACUGCAUCAUGACGAGCGGUACAUGUUCCUGGAGGAAGCAGUGCCCAAUCCGAAAUGCUGCCAGGCAAUGGCAUCCAUGCACGGCUGCGUUUGGUGGCAUGGUCGCAUGAUGGGCGGUGGUGGUGCCAUUAAUGGCAAUAUCUUUAUACCCGGCAGUCGGGAGAACUUCAGACGCUGGAAUUCAACCGGCUGGGAUUGGACGCAGGUCCAUAAGACCUACUCUCGCCUGCAACAACGUCUGAAUCCCUCCUAUCUUCAACCGAAUAAGCUAAACUUGAAGUUGGCCAACCUAAUAUACUCCGGUUCCGCAGAACUGGGUGUACCACGGAUGAAACAGCCAUUGAUAGCGGGUGCUACGUUCGGUUACACUCAUCAUGUCCCGGUGACCGUUAACCAAAGACGAAGGGCCAGCAGCGCACGUUUGUAUUUGGCCAAUGAUCAAGUGAAUAGAAGAGGUAACCUAAAGGUAAUACGAGGAGCUCAAGUUCAGCGGGUACUACUAAAUGCGGCUGGAUCCCGAGCAACUGGAGUGAUUUAUACCCUAAAUGGUGUGGAACACACGGCGAAAACGUUAGGCGAAGUCAUCCUAAGCGCAGGAACCCUCAAUUCCGCCAAGUUGCUUCUGCUUUCGGGCAUCGGGCCGCGGGAGGAGCUACAAAGAUGGAAUAUAACUACGCACCAGGACCUUCCAGUGGGUCGAAAUCUACAAGAUCAUGGAAUGAUGCCAUUGUUUCUGCUCUUCGGUUCGAAUUGUGCCGUCAACAGUACACGGGAUCCCACAGAAAAUCCCUAUGCUCCUGUAUCUAUCACACAGUAUCUACUGGAUAAUCAGAAGGGUCCUUUGGCCAGUGGCUUCUACAUGAUGGGCUACAUCAAUUCCAGUUCGCCGAGCAGCAGUCGUGGUGAACCCGAUCUGCAUGUGGUGGCCCACACUCUUUUGCCCAAAGGAAGUACCGGAAGCUUUGGCUAUUUGGGCUUUCGGCCAGAGUUGAUUCAGGCUCAGCAGGAUAUCUUGCAGAAAGGAGAUCUACUGCAAAUAAUGGGCUCACUGUUGCGUCCCCUUUCACAUGGCAAAGUGAGUCUAUCGAGUAAAAAUUCCGCUGAUCAGGCAAAAAUCGAAAACCACUAUGGCGAGGCUGUAGAGGAUCAGCAGACGCUACUUCGCUAUGUGCGAUAUAUUCAAAAGUUGAGCAAAACCCGACCUUUUCGUCGAUGUGGUCUACGACUUUGGAAGCCGCCCCUCCACGAAUGCGAUACAUUAGCUGCCGAUUCCGAUGACUACUGGUUGUGUUACAUCCGAUAUUUCUAUGUGGGUGCCUGGCAUUCCGUGGGCACUUGUCGCAUGGCUCCAAGAAAGGGAGUGGAUUCCCAGGAGAAUGGAGGCGUGGUGGACGAAAGAUUGAGGGUUCAUGGGGUCAAGGGUCUUCGUGUGGUGGAUGCCAGCAUUAUGCCGGAAUUGCCAGCGGGCAAUACGAAUGGACCCGCCAUGAUGAUUGGUGAAAAAGGGGCACAAAUGAUUCUCGACGAUCGGGAGGCGAAUAAUGAGGUGAUUCAGGAAUGCUGAUCUUUUAUAAUAUGU